CUCUUAAGCAGGGUUGCUGCUUCUUCUUCUGACCACAAACCUCCUCCUGGCAAAGAGUGUGGCCUCUCUGCCCGUCUGCCCCAGCGGGGCAAGCAACUGCCAGGUGUCGCUCAGUGACCUCUUCGAGCGAGCGGUCGUCCUUUCCCACUACAUUCACUCCCUCUCUUCGGAAAUGUUCACCGAGUUCGACGAACGCUACGCCCAGGGCCGCGGGUUCAUCACCAAGGCCAUCAACAGCUGCCACACCGCCUCCCUGGCCACCCCGGAGGACAAGGAGCAAGCCCAGAAGAUUCACCACGAGGACCUCCUGAAUUUGGUGCUGGGUGUCCUGCGCUCCUGGAACGAGCCCCUCUACCACCUGGUCACCGAAGUGCGAGCGAUGGAAGAGGCCCCCGACACCAUCGUCCUGAAAGCGAUGGAGAUCGAGGAGCAGAACCGCCGCCUUCUGGAGGGCAUGGAGAGGAUCGUGGGCCAGGUCCGUCCGGGAGAAACGGGCAGCGACGUCUUCUCGACCUGGUCCGGGCUGCCCGCCCUGCAGAAAGCCGACGAGGACAGCCGCCUCUUCGCCUUCUACAACCUCCUGCACUGUCUGCGGAGGGAUUCCCAUAAGAUCGACAACUACCUGAAGCUCUUGAAAUGCCGCCUCAUCCACAACAGCAACUGCUGAGCGUUCUGGGUUCCGCCCCGGGCCCCCAACCCCCUCCCCGACCUCGCCCUGGGCCCCGGGGGCCGGCCUCGUGCUCCGGACCCUCAGCUGGGGGUCUGUGUGCGCUCGUCUGAAACCCGUCCCCUGCUUCCCGUCACCCAAUCUGUCCCCAGUCGCCAUUCAGGAGUGGCGAGCCUUCCUCGGAGCCCCCGGUUCCCUGGCUGGAUUCACUUCCGCUGGGGACCGAGGGACACAGACAGAACUUACAGGUGAAGGGAUUAAAGUUUGCUGGAAAAUA